AAAGAGAGUGCACAACAAAGAGAGACGGUGGGGUGAAGGAAAACAUCAGCAGAAAGUCGACACGGACGGACGGACGGUCAUUGAAAAAAAUGCACUAGUUUUUUGUUACGAGUCAAACAAAACCGCAGAGGAUUAGAGGUAGUCCCGUGUCUAUUUGCAUGCUCCCGACGACAAGUGUGUGUAACUUGUGUACUUUGAAUUUAGUGCGAACAAAAGUGAGAACAUCAAGGCCGCGACUUUUUGGGGGUGCUAAUCGAAUCGAUUACUCGCACUUCGGGAGCUUAGACAAAGGGGUGGUGCGUGAAGGAUUCGAAAAGUUCUGUCGGAUUGAUUAGCAACUUGCAGCAGCAGGGAGUGGAUAAACCCAAAAUGAACUACGAUGUUCUGUUGAAUCGGACGGGAUUCGGAAGGCUAACGAUUAGCCAACAUAUGCGGAGCGUUUCUGAGAGUGAUGGCCAGCAGACGUAUCGCCAGCAGCAGCAAAAUGAAACGCCUUCCAGGAAGAUUUCCUCGCCAGUGGGUCCCAGUUUGGGAAGUGGUGGCCGCGGAACUCCCGUCAGGACGGGAUGCACCGGAACAGGAAGUGGCGCCGGAGAUGAGCUCAAAGGUAAGGUCGAGUCAAAACUGAUGACGAUGUGGAACAACGUGAAGUUCGGCUGGAGUGGGAAGCUGAAGACCAGCUUCUCGAAGGAGCAACCGCUGUGGCUGUUAGGACGAUGUUACCAUCAAAAGGCAGCACUUCCGGGAUCUAGUUCGAUGGAGAGUUCGGUGGAAUUGGUCACCGGAGCAGCAGCUUCCGUAGAGCCGAAUCAGACGCCGUUUGAAAACGUCCAACGGUCGCCUUCGGAGAUAUUUGUCGAAUCGCCUCCGGAAGAAACGGGAACUGAUGCCGUCGAGGAAGGCAGUCCGGAUGUCGAAAUGGAGGACAUCGAAGCUUUUAAGCGGGACUUCGUUACCAGGCUUUGGAUGACUUAUAGGAAGGAGUUCCAAACGAUGGACGACUCAAACUACACAUCGGACUGCGGUUGGGGAUGCAUGAUCCGGUCAGGACAGAUGCUCUUGGCCCAGGGUCUCCUGGUGCACUUCCUCGGCCGGAACUGGCGCUGGGAUGCCACGGCGGAAAGCCUCAGAAUGAAUUACCAUUCCCUAAACUACGAGGACAACGUUCAUCGGAAGAUAAUCCGUUGGUUUGGGGAUACUUCCUCCCGGACCAGCCCCUUCUCGAUCCAUACCCUGGUAGCUCUAGGGAAGGAAACCGGCAAGAAGCCCGGUGACUGGUACGGACCCGGAUCCGUUGCUCAUCUCCUCCGGCAAGCAGUCAAGCUGGCAGCUCAGGAAAUAUCCGACCUAGAUGGCGUAAACGUGUACGUCGCCCAGGACUGUGCCGUCUACAUCCAGGACAUAAUAGACGAGUGCACGGUUUCCGCUGGGCCCACCCUAGCUCCCUGGCAGAAGAAAUCCCCCGGCUCCAGCAGUUCCAGCACGACCAGCACUUCCAAUUCUAACCCCACCACCACCAGCAGCACCGAUUCCACAGACCACUGGAAAUCCCUCAUCCUUCUAGUGCCGCUACGCCUUGGGGCGGAGAAGCUUAACCCCAUCUACAGCGACUGUCUGAAGGCGAUGCUCAGCUUGGACAACUGCAUCGGAAUCAUCGGCGGACGGCCGAAGCAUUCGCUGUACUUCGUCGGCUUCCAAGAGGAUAAGCUAAUCCAUCUGGAUCCGCACUACUGCCAGGACAUGGUGGACGUCGUCAACCAGGAGAACUUUCCGGUGGCGUCGUUCCACUGCAAAUCGCCCCGCAAAAUGAAACUCAGCAAGAUGGACCCGAGCUGCUGCAUCGGAUUCUACUGCGAAACUAGGAAGGACUUUUUUAAAUUUGUCGACAACGUUAAACCGUUCCUCCAACCGGCUAAGCAGCAGAUGAGCAGCAGCUUCACAAGCUCGACCGGCGUGACCCAAUUCCCCGAGGUGACCUAUCCGAUGUUCGUGUUCUGUCGCGGCAAAAGCAGCGAACAGCAAAUCGAACUUCCCCAGCGGUCGAUGUACCGGACACCUCCGGCACCGCCACCCCUCUCAGGCAAAGGAGGAAUGUCCCAAUCUCAGCAGCUGCCACAUCCGGGUGAGGAGGAGGACGAUGACGACGAUGAGGACGAAGCGAUGGAAUUCGUGAUUCUGUAAGAAAGUCGCUCGGACCAAUCGGAAGUAGGUAUACCGGAUGCCAUAGUCAUACUGUUGCGUCGUUCGUCUGGUUAGAAGGAAAGCUUUUAUUGGUUCACACAAAAUUGGUUUCGCUUUACCUUGAACCGGAUUCGCAAUUUUGUUCUUUCGCACUCAAUCUGUGUCGAAGAACGGAGAAAUGAUUGUAAAAAUUACACAUAACCUCUCAGCGCCGUGUAAUGUCAUACAUUCAUCGUGUAAGGUAUGACUCAUGGGGGGGAUACUUUUGGACGGCACAUUCCGGUGCUCCAUUCGACAGAUGGCAAAGCAUUAUUCGGAAUAUGUAACAGCGGUAGUACUUAUCAUACCUUAUGUGAGAACGAUUAUACAUAAGUACCAUAAAUUUACAUUGACAACGUGCGUCUCUGCCUGAUGAAAUUUCGUGAUUCAAAUGAAUUUGAGAUUAAAAUGGAAACAAUUUUGGACCAUUCGAGCAAAACCGAGCUCCACUGCUAAAUUUGUGCUAUUUUACGACUUAUAGCUUUAUUUUUUGCAUACUAUUUAUUUUUUCAUAUAUUAUUUAUGUCGAGAUUUGUGUAAGAAUGCACUACGCAUUUGCGAAAGGAAUAACUUCAUCAUAGCAUUAAAUAAAUUAAAAAAAUGUCUAAAGUGUGUGCCACAAACUUUUGAACAUUGACAAGCUUCUUUUUAUCGAGCAGCUCUAAUUUCGUUGCAGGAGGUCAAAUGUUAGCGGAAAUGCACCAUUUCGUGAAAGAUUAGCCAUAUAUUCAAACAAACUUAAAACUAAACAGAAUAGCUAUUCUUGCGCACUAGUACAAUAUCUCACCAAAAGUAUGUAAAUUGUGACUGUAACAA